CCCCCUUUCAUCCAAGCUAAAUUUUGUCUGCAUCCUGGAUUGUUGCUGACUCGUCCUGAUUCUCAUCAGUAACCACCGCUGAGGCCUCUGCCCCAACCUCCGGACAAGAGGUACUCUCAAGCGCGUCAAGGACAUCCUUCGAAACUAUCCAAACGUCACACGCCUCAGCAGGCCACUCCGAGACAUGGCCGAUCGGAAACCAGUCGAACCUCCCUUCCAGCGAGAACGACGCGGGCAUCACUGCCGGAACCAUCAUCGGGAUUUCGGCCGGCAUUGGCGGAUUCACCAUGGCCGCCGUUUUCCUGCUACUCUUCAUCUUCAUGCGACGUCACAAGAAAGCCAUCAAGGCCCGCACCGGAUCUGCCAGCACCUGCGGCAGUGGCGGCAGUGGCGGCAGUGGCGGCAGUGGCAUGCAAGAGGCUCGCUCUGGCAGCGGGGGACUGAUCGAUCGGGAUCCCUGGCCGGAACACUCACCACUACACGACGAAAGGUCCCUGCACACUCCGGGAAUAGACUCAAGUCGCUCAACUCGUUCGACUUGUCAUUAUCAGCCGCAGCAUGUCCAUGGUCCCGCAGAGCUGGACGACUCCCCGAAAUAUGCCGGUGGUGACACUGGUGGGCGGCAGCAGUAUCGGGAGCCGCAUGGUUUCAUUGCCGAGCUGCCGGGAAACAGCCCUUCGGUCCGACAUUGAUGGGGAUUGGGGCUUUUAGGUUUUGAGAUGGAAGAGAGGUGGACGAUACGAGGGAGGAGAGGUUGAU